UUUUUGUUGUUUUCUCGAAAGUGUUGGAAAACCUAGUUUUUCAGUAACGAAAAUUUUGAACGGUUACGGUAAAUCGGGCAGGUUUUCACAAUAUUCCCCUGCUCUUGGCCGCUACAUGGAAGCAACACUUUUACUAGCAACAGUUCGCCUUUGAAUCGGCCGCUACUAAUUGCCCAAAGUCCAAAAAAAUCCAAACAAGAGCUUAUAAUAGCAGUAGACAAAGCAUGUGCGAUUUUUCCGGAUAGUUGAACAAGUGAAUUGUGCGCGUUUGUGCGAGGCGAGCCAUUGUUCCAUCAAAUCAACCCAAGUGUAGGGAAAUAGAAAAGUGAAACCAUCUGCGCUUUUACUGGCGUCACUAAUUGGUCAUUUUUCAGGCUUCUCUAAGCACAGAGCACGGGACUUUAAAAGAAAAUCGCAUCCAUUUGCGUUAGUGAGAAAAUCGCGUCAUUUCCGCGUUAUAAUGUAAUGCGGAAAUCUGUGCGGAACAGGGGGCUUUUGGGCAGCGCUGCUCAUUAAUAUGUAUCCCCAAUUUGAGUCCUACAUGUGGUGGAAACACAAACUGAAGCCAAAAUACGAUGAAACCCAACAUGCCGAUUUAUAAGAAGCACCACUGCGAACGACGAUCUGAUGAUAUUAUGGACGAUGACUCGGACGACAAAGACUCCAAAAGAAAAUCCCGGAAUCUAAGCGAAAAAAAGCGCCGCGAUCAGUUCAACCUUCUGGUGAACGAACUGAGCUCCAUGGUGUCGACCAGUAGCCGGAAAAUGGAUAAAUCCACCGUGCUGAAGUCAACGAUUUCUUUCUUGAAGAACCACAACGAAAUUGCCGCCCGAUCCCGAAUCAACGAAAUCCAGGAGGACUGGAAACCGACCUUUUUGACCAACGAAGAAUUCACCCAUUUGGUACUCGAAGCUGCGGAUGGCUUUAUCAUCGUUUUCUCCACCUCUGGGCAAAUUCACUACUCUUCCGAAAGCAUCACCUCCUUAUUGGGUUAUUUGCCGAAGGAUAUUCUGAAGAUGUCCAUCCUGGAUGUGGUGUGCGAAGAGGACCAGAAUGGGCUCUACGGUAUUUUGUCCAAUUCCGCUGACGAUGAAAAUCCCGUUUCCUUUUCCUGUCAUUUGAAGCGAGCUGGACCGGACGCCGACAGAACCCACUGCGAACUAGUGAACUUUGUCGGCUAUUUCAGAUCAGAUGAAGAUGUCGUACAAGAAACCGUUGCAAGUAACCUGGAUAAUGGCAGAAUGCUAUUUGUUGGCACUGGGAAGCUGCAAACUCCUCUACUCAUCAAGGAAAUUCCUCUAGUGGACUCCAGCCGGACGGAGUUCACUUCCAGGCACAGUCUGGAGUGGAAAUUCCUAUUUUUGGACCAUCGGGCACCGCCCAUAAUCGGUUAUCUGCCCUUUGAGCUUCUCGGGACCUCUGGAUACGAGUACUAUCACGUCGACGACCUAGACAGCGUGAUAAACUGCCAUGAGUCCCUAAUGCAAAAGGGAGAGGGCACCUCUUGCUACUACCGCUUCCUCACUAAGGGCCAGCAAUGGAUCUGGCUGCAAACCCGCUUCUACAUCACCUACCACCAAUGGAACUCCAAGCCGGAGUUCGUGGUUUGCACCCAUCGAGUCGUCAGUUACCUGGAUGUGAUCAAGCAGAGUCGACGCAGUCAGGGCAUGCCGUCUCCUAGUGAGGAGGCGCAGGACUCUUCUUCCAGUGCUUGGAGAGGCGGCGACAGCUCCAAGGGCCCGGACUCGAAGUGCACGUCUAUGUCAGCGGAUUCUCCUGCUUCCAGACAAUCGGCCAUAAUGGAAAAAUCGGCGAAGGCCGGAGCGAGUCCGAAGGCGGUUGGCUCAAUGCUCUCUUCGCCUCAUCAGCCGGAAGACAUUCCCCGGCAGGCGCAGCCUCUCCAUCUAGCCGCCGCUCAGCUUCAGAACCAGACUCAGUAUCUGGACCCUUCCCAAUUUGCGGCUUUGCAACCAGUCGCAACCAGUUAUCAGCCACAGCCGGUUCUACUGUCUCCUUUAUCGGUGGAGAAUGUGGUAAUUACCCCGGCACCAAACCAGCUCCAAGUGAAUUUGCAGCGCAAACAAGCUGAGCUGCAAGCCAUCAUCGAGCAGCAGCAGCAGGAGCUCAGAAGGGUUUCUGAGCAGCUGUUGAUGGCCCGGCUGGGGCUUUUGCAAAACCAACAGAACCAGAACUCGAUCAACACGGUUCAGCAGUACCCGCAAAACAGCUCGGGAACAGUGAGCAGUACCACGGCUCCCAUUCCUGUUCUACCUGGCACGGGUUCCAAUACAGCACCAGUGUCGGCACCGAUUUCUGUUACAGUGGCGUCCCACCAGUCUAGUGGACUAUACAAUACUUCCGAUUCCAAAUAAACAACUAUAAUUGCUUUGAAAGUGCUGAGGGCCGAAAUUGUGACAGUGAUAAGGGAGCAGUCUAAUAAAACUGCUGUCUAUUGGCCAUUCAGCCUGUAGAUCAAUGUGUUCAGUUUGAUAUAUGUGUUAUCUCUUAGGUAAACUGUUUAUAGAUUACUGCCAUGUGGUACCUGCAUUAUUAAUUGUUACGAAAUAAACGCUAUUUUAAUCUGA